GACUGACUUCAGGCUUGAAACAUUCUCACAUAUCAGCAGAACAACCACGACGGAGCUGAGAGCUGCCGGAUAAACACUUGAAAUACUUCCACUAACUUUCAUACACGCCGUGUGUGGAUUUACAUGUCAGGCUGGGAGAACACUGACAAUACUACAGCCAACGAAUAGUUGCUUUUCUUUGGAAGGGCUGACGUGACGCUGAGCUGCAUCACAUCGCAGGUGAUUAUGCCUCCCACAACCCCGCCAUACGCCGGAAAGUUCAGCACUUGUGGCCUUUACAGCAACAACAACAACUACCCACAGCCUCACAGCCCUUAUCAUCACGGCACCUGUGCAAAGCCCACCAAGGACAACAAGGUCUACAAGGGUGCAUACCCUGUGGCGGAGAACCCGUACGACAUACCGCAGGCUCCCAGCACGUAUUGUGGCGUACAUGUGGACUCUGUGAGCAUGAAGGAGCAUCAUUACAACAGCAGGGGUUGUGCUUUGGACAAGCUGUACGCCAGCGUGCAGCCUCACAGCACUUCCUGUCCCGCACGCAUGCACCGGCAAACCAGCAGCGGCAGCGAGCAGUCCUGUCGGAGCAACCCCGCCGCAAAAAGUCGGCUUUACGGACACGGCGUCACUGCUAGUUAUGGGGAAAUGUGUUACCAUGACAACAGUUUGGUUUCAGCAUCUCUUGAGGCGCUGAUCCAGCAUUUGGUUCCUACAGUAGAUUACUACCCCGAUCGAUCCUACGUCUUUACCUUCCUGCUGAGUUCACGCCUCUUCCUGCACCCCUACGAGCUUAUGACACGAGUUUGUCACCUAUGUGUGGAGCAGCAGCGCUGUGGAGACGCCCUGCUGGACAAGAUACGUUUCUGUGAAGUGGCGCCAAAGCUGGUUCAGCUGCUGACCGAAUGGACAGAGACCUUCCCGUAUGACUUCCGGGAUGAGCGGAUGAUGCGUUGUCUCAAGGACAUGACGCACCAUGUGGCCAGAGGAGACGAGUACUCAUGGCGAGCCAUGCAGCAGAUGACCCAGCGCCUCAUCAAACGCCUGUCGGCUCUGGGCCAAUACGAAGAGGCGACAGCUGCGCUAAAGUCUGUGGCGUCUGAGCGUCCCGCCUCCCUGAAGAGCAAGCGGGAAUCUGCACAAAGAAUGGACAUACUUGGCGUAUGCGAUGACCCCUUCGUCCUCGCCCAGCAGCUCACGCACAUUGAACUAGACAGGCUGAGUUUUAUAGGGCCUGAGGAAUUCAUUCAGACAUUCGCCAUGAAGGACCCUCUGGAGAACCACAAGUCAUUGGUUUGUCUGGUGGGAUUGGAGGUCGCCACAAGACUGUGUCUUUAA